AUGUUCAUCGGUGGUCUCAACUGGGAAACAACUGAUCAGUCGUUACGCGAUUAUUUCUCCCAGUUCGGCGAGGUGACAGAAUGUACAGUGAUGAGAGAUGGUGCCACAGGCCGAUCGCGAGGAUUCGGAUUCCUCACCUUCAAGGAUCCCAAGACAGUGAACAUUGUUAUGGUCAAGGAGCACUUCUUAGACGGAAAGAUUAUCGAUCCGAAGCGAGCUAUCCCACGAGAUGAACAGGAGAAAACCAGCAAGAUCUUUGUCGGCGGCGUCAGCCAGGAGACGACCGAGCCGGAAUUCAAAGACUAUUUUGCCCAGUUUGGCCGGGUUGUUGACGCUACCCUUAUGAUGGACAAAGAUACCGGUCGCCCAAGAGGCUUUGGAUUCGUCACGUUUGAGAGUGAAGCUGGUGUUGACGCUUGCCUCAGCACUCACCUGGAAAUCCACGGGAAGCCUAUCGAGGUCAAGAAGGCGCAGCCACGAGGCAACAUGCGCGAGGAGGAGGAAGCCUCUAGACGCGGCAAGUUCAGGAAAGGCGGUAUGGAAGAACAGGGCAGUCCCCAGGCUCAGAUGGCGAGCCAGAUGGGCCAAGGAGGUAUGACCCCCCAAGUCAUGGCUCAAUAUAUGCAGCGAAUGCAACAAUACAUUAUGAUGCAACAGCAAAUGGUCAUGAACCGAGGUAUGGGCAUGGGAGCCGUAAACCCUGCCAUGAUGCAAAUGAUGCAGAUGCAACAGAUGCAGCAACUCCAGCAGCAGAUGGCCCAAGGUGGCGGCCAAACUGGCCAGAACAACCCGAUGGCAGGAAUUCCCAAUAUGAACCCGGCUCUGAUGCAGCAGAUGCAGCAACAAAUGCAGCAACAGAUGAUGGGCAGCGGAGGUGCUGGUCAGGGUCAGGGUCAAGGUGACGGAAGCUCGCAAGGAUUCAACGACUUCAACAGUCAGCAACAAAUGUUUGCCCCGCGUGGCGGCGGAGGUCGACGUGGAGGCCGAGGGGGAUAUAACCAAGGCUAUAGUAACAGCAAUGUGGGCGGCGCGGAUCCGACUUCGUGGGAGGGUAUGUACGACGAUGUGCCUCAGCCCAAUUUCAACCAAGGAGGUCGUGGAGGCUUCCACCGAAACAGGGGCGCUCAUCAGCAGAGUCCGACUCCGGUCGAUCCCAAUCACGCUCCACCGGCUGACGCGCCCAAGGGUCCGAAGAAUGCUGGCAAGCCGGGUGCAAAUUACCGCGGCGGAGGACGAGGUGGCGGUGGCAGUCGGGGCUUCCAUCCUUAUGGCCGUUAG